UGCGGGCGAGCUGGAACGCGGCCGUUUUCAAGGCACGAGCCGAGCAGCGGCACAGCAGCUGUCAUGUGAAACAGCUGGACGAGCCAGCAGAGGGAUAAACAACAAUACGACUGCGUCUUUCAAAACCAAGGUACACCACGAAGAAGGGCUUUAUCUGGUGAGGCAGCAGGAUGGCGGGAGCAGAGGUGUACACCCCUGCAAACCCCACCUGCAAAAUUAUGACCUUCAGGCCCACCAUGGAAGAGUUCAAGGACUUCAACCAGUACCUGGUUUACAUGGAGUCUCAGGGUGCACACCGCGCAGGCCUGGCUAAGGUGAUUCCUCCUAAGGGCUGGAAGCCUCGUCGUACCUACGACGACAUAGACGAUUUGGUGAUCCACGCUCCCAUCCAGCAGAUGGUGGCUGGCCAAUCAGGGCUCUUCACUCAAUACAACAUCCAGAAGAAGCCGCUUAGUGUGCAGGAGUUCAGACGACUUGCCAACAGUGACCAAUAUUGUACACCUCGCUACCUGAACUAUGAAGAUCUUGAAAGGAAAUACUGGAGGAACCUCACUUUUGUCUCACCCAUAUAUGGAGCCGAUGUCAGCGGGAGCCUCUAUGAUGAGGAUGUAGAGGAAUGGAACAUCGGCCAUCUGAACUCUAUCUUGGAUGUUAUCGAAGAGGACUGUGGUGUGUCCAUCCAGGGGGUUAAUACACCGUAUCUGUACUUUGGCAUGUGGAAGACCUCUUUCUCUUGGCACACUGAGGACAUGGACCUGUACAGCAUCAACUACCUGCACUUUGGAGAGCCCAAGUCCUGGUAUGCCAUCCCUCCUGAACAUGGAAAGAGAUUAGAGCGUUUGGCUACAGGUUUCUUUCCCAACAGCUUCAAGGGAUGUGAGGCUUUUCUUCGUCACAAGAUGACUCUAAUCUCCCCUUCUAUACUGAAGAAGUAUGGCAUUCCCUUUGAUAAGAUUACUCAGGAAGCUGGAGAGUUCAUGAUCACUUUCCCUUAUGGCUAUCAUGCUGGCUUCAAUCAUGGCUUCAAUUGUGCUGAGUCUACCAACUUUGCUAGUGUGCGUUGGAUAGACUAUGGCAAGGUGGCCACACAGUGCACAUGCAGUAAAGACAUGGUAAAGAUCUCCAUGGAGCCAUUUGUGAAGCGUUUUCAACCUGACCGCUAUGCUACCUGGAUGCUGGGUAAAGACUCAGCACCCAUUGACCACACACUCGCCACUCCCAGCACAACACCUGAGCUUCAGAGCUGGUUGCAGAGGCGCCGCAAGGCUAAACCUGUCAGCAAAGGCAGCACCCACUCUCGUAUGCGCUCCAAGCGUCUCAGAACCACAGAGGAGCCUGUUGCCCUGGAAAGUAGCUCAGUCCUGGGCAGCAGCAAGAGGAGAGGCCUGGGUGGUCCGCUUGCGCCUAAGGUGCGACGGUCUGUAGGAGAGACAACCUGCAGAACAGAGGAGGAGGAGGAAGAGGAGGAAGAGAAGGAGAAAAAACAGGAAGAGAGGGAAGCUGAGUCAAAGCACAACCAGAAUCACAACUCUGCCCAGCUCCCUGGUCCGUGCCGACAGAUGUGUGUGGUCAAAGUAAACCGUGUAGAGGGUGACAAUUUGAGCUUUUCCAAUAAGGUGCCAUCCCAAAAAUCUGUUGCCAACUCCACUCCCCCCCCUGCCUCACCAGUUAACAAAGACUCAGUGGCAGAGACACUCACUCAUACUGACCCUCAACACCCCUCACCGUCAGGGGUCAAGGGUGUGCCGCCUGUGGUAUUCCAACAUAAACCCGAGGCUACACAGAUUCAUGCUGGAAUUGAAGAGCCAAGGCCUUACUCUCCUGAACCACAAAACCUCUCAAUGUCUCAGGACUGCUCUUUAGAGGUCACACCUCUGGAGGGCAAUAAAAUGCUCACAUCAGGCAUUUCUGUUGAGACUGAGGUGGGCUCAUGUCCUAUUGAAUGUGAAGCUCAGGCAUCCAGUUCUCUGUGUAGAGACGAGGCUUCAAGCCUGACACCAAACACUGACAGGGACCUUGACACAGGUACUGAGAAUUACACUAGCAAAACUGCUAAGGCAGAGAAAAUGGAAUCAACUGAACCACAGCAUAAUAAUCAACCCUCCACCACAGAAGCACUUUAUGAUCCCAGCACUGAGCCAGCAGAGGGGGAUAGUUACACAUCUUGUAGCAGUCUCUCCACUUUACGACACCAGUGUAGCCUAGAAAACAGCAGCACUGAGGAAAACCUUAUUCCUCCUCUGUUACAGAGGAAUGGAGUGGAUAUGCCCCUCCUCACCCCUGAGCAGGCAGGAGAUAAGGUUGGAGUCAGUCCCUUGCCACCUGUCCUGACCCAAGAGAUGCCCUCACUCACCCUCGCUGAUGACGGGCUAACAGACCCCCUACCAUCCACAUCUCACACUCACCAGGUGGCACCAGUGCUUCAGCGGGAGACACUCACUGGCUCUCCGUCCUCACAUGAAGCCAAACAGGAAGAGACGGUAAUUGAAUCAAUGAUGGCAAAAGAAACUCAGCCUGUAGAGCAUGCCAGUGACUGGCAUUCAGAUUCCUCUCGAUAUGGCAAAGAGGCAGGAAUAUCUGAUUUAGAUACUAACAUGAGUGAUUUAACUAGCAACACUAUGCACAAAAACACUUCUGAUGGUCUUCAUGAAUCUCAAACAAUGCCAGAUAUUGCUGUAGAACAGGAUCAUGCAGUGUUGGAAAGUCUUACCCCUGCACAGUGUUGUGCUAGCACUAGCCAGCAAAAUCAGAACACUGCUCUUCAUACAGAGCAGCUACCCAACCCAGUAGAGAUAACAACCAAGGAAAACACCAAGAACUCAACUCAAAGAGACAGUGAAUUCAACUUCAGCAGCUCCCAUUGGACUAGCACCUCAAGCCACAAUCCCCCAGCCCCUUCCCUAUCAAUAUGCACUCAAAAUGACAGUCAUACAGCACUACAGCUUCACCAAGUGGAUGAGACUCAUCUUCAGCGCAAUACAUACUCCCCCUCUCAUUGUAGUUCCCAGAAUGCAUACAUAGACCCCAAACCUUUCUCUAGCAGCAUCUGGAAAAACCUCAAUUCCCAUAGUCCUGCAGUUCUCAUCCAAAGUCUCCACUCAGAGCUUCCUUCUGACUUCACCCAUGACCCCCUCCCUUACACUAUGUGGACUGAACCGCAGUGCAAAGAGGUCACAGAUCUGGACGACCCAGGACAAGACCUCCGUGAGUCAGAGAACCAAGGAGAGGAGGGUGGGCCUCUGACAUGGGCCCAGCUGGAGCCCACUGCGCUACUUUCGGCUGGUGCCGUAGAGCCCCUGGGGCUUUGUGGAGACUAUGAGCUCCACAGAGUGGAAGCAGACGGGCCUGAAGCUCUUGCACUGUGCAGGGAGCUGGGGAGGGAGAGGGAGGCAGAAGGGAGUCUAGACACAGACCCUCCAGGUUCUCUGGGGAUAGAGGGAAAGGAACAGGAGGAGGUAUCUGACGGGGAAGAAGGGGGGUCAGAAGAGGAAGAGGAGGAGCAGCAGAGUAGUGCCAAGGGGGAAAGCAGCAGUGACUCAUCAGAUGAGGAAGAGGAAGAGGAGGAAAAUGAUACAAGUGACUAUGAGUGUGGUGAAUCAGGGCUGGAACCUGGGGAGGUUUGUGCUUACCCUGCUCUGUCCGCAAAGAGGACCAGUAAGAGCUGGCGUCACCCGCUGAGGAAACCUACUGCCAGGGCUGUGCCCACUGCUGUCAAACAACAGGCUGCCAGUGAUGAUGAGCCCCCUGAGGCAACUCUGGCAGAGGAGGAGCACGAAGUGGAGACGUGGGCUAAGCCCCUCCUGUUCCUGUGGCAGAACAGGAAGAGCUACUUCACAGCAGAGAGGGAGUACAAUGCCAACGCAGCCACCAUGCAACCAUACUGUGCUGUCUGCACACUCUUCAUGCCCUACUAUCAGAAUGAAGACAAAGCAGAGGACAAUAAAACCAUCCCAGCAAAGACCCCCACCUUGUUCCGAGCCUCCUCUCCUCCUGAGGGCUCUGCACGCCCCAGUGGAGGGCUAAGGAGGACCAAACCCCUGAUCCCAGAAAUUUGCUUCUCCUUCCGGGAGCAGAACUGUCCCCCAACUCCCACCAACCCCCUGCUGCAGGAGGAUGGCACCUCACCUCUUCUCUACUGCCAGGGCUGCUGCCUGCAAGUCCAUUCAAGUUGCUAUGGUGUUGCUGCAGAUGAUGUCAGUGAACAGUGGUCAUGUGAUCGUUGCAUGGAAGGAAACUUCACAGCGGAAUGCUGCCUGUGUAACCUCCGAGGUGGCGCUCUGAAGAAGACCACAGAUGACAAAUGGGCCCAUGUGAUGUGUGCAGUAGCUCUGCCGGAGGCAAGGUUCAGUGAUGAAGCCAAGAGGAGUCCCAUUGACACUAGUAGGAUCCCCAUGCAGCGAUAUAAACUGAAGUGCAUCUAUUGUCGUAAGCGCUGUGCAGGGAAACGGCAGGCGGGUGCUUGUAUCCAGUGCUCAUGUGGUCGGUGUCCCACCUCCUUUCAUGUCACCUGUGCCCAUGCUGCCGGGGUAACCAUGGAGCCUGAUGAUUGGCCGUAUGUUGUGUCAAUCACCUGCCAUAGGCACCAGUCACGGAGCUCCUCAGCUAAGCAACGAGCAUGCCAGGCAUCAAUCUCGCUGGGCCAGACGGUGAUCUCCAAACACAAGAAUCUGCGGUACUACAGCUCCAAGGUCACGCAGAUCACCUCCCAGACCUUCUAUGAGGUCAUGUUUGACGACGGCUCCUUCUCCAAUGAUACCUACCCUGAGGAUAUAGUGAGUAGAGACUGCGUGAACUUGGGUCCUCCUGAAGUGGGGGAGGCUGUUCAAGUUAAGUGGCCUGAUGGGCUGUUCUACGGCGCCAAAUACCUGGGAUCCAAUGUCUCCUAUAUGUACCAGGUGGAGUUUGAGGAUGGGUCUCAGGUACUGGCAAAGAGAGAAGAUGUCUACACUCUGGAUGAAGACCUUCCAAAAAAGGUGAAGGGUAGACUUUCCACAGCCUCCAGCAUGCGUUUCCAGGACACCUUCUUUACCACGCAGGGUGAGAGAAAGAGGCAGAGAAUGCCCAAUUCAUGGUUUCAAAAAGACUAUGUGGCCCUUCCAGGCCUCCGUACAACCGCCAAAAGCACAUGUGAGCCACGCAGCCCCAAAGGGAAAUGAAGAGAUGGAGAAGGAUCAAUGACAAAUGAAUGCACUGAAUUGACUGCGGAUGUAAAAGGGGAGGAUGUUUGUGUGAGUGUAUGUGUGUGUGUGUGUGUAUGCUUGUGUGUGAGCUUCCUGGAUCUAGUUCCAUCUUAACAACUAUGGCCCACAUAAGUUCUGGUGAAUAGAUUAAGAGGAAAGAUUCAAGGAGAUGGUUGCUUUGUGUAAGAUGGAAGUUGGCUUACCAUUUGUGUGCUUGCUUGCUCAGUGACUCGGUGGGCAGGUUGGUGGUAGAUGAUUGGCUAGAGAUGAUUUAGAUCAGGCUGACCAUCUACAGAACGGAUUAACGGAGUGCAUCGUGGCCCUCGGUUGCCUAGUGCUUUCACAUCUGUCAGGGAAUUUCAACAAACACAACUUAUAUUUGUCACAUCACCCUUUUUGAAAUAAACCACAAAAACUUAUUCCUUUGUAAAUGACAAAUUCAGAAGUUUGAGAUUUUUCUAAAUAGCUGACCUACAGUAGCUUUUUGGGGGUCUGUCCUGAGUUUUCAUUUUGAAUAUGUAUGCACUUUGCUCGUAGUGUUUUCAUCACAUGUCCUACUGUUUUCUCCCCGCAUGUUAAACGUCGUCUCUUCCUGCUUCAGCGGCGCCAAGUCCAAAUACACUCCUGUGGCUUCCUCUCUGCGUCCUUUUUUUUUACUUCCAUACUGAACAAAAAUAAGCUGAAUGUAUCAUUUUACAUCCAAAUGGCAUAAUUGUAUAAUCAAAAAUAUUUUUUAUUUGAUCACACUACCCGUGAUUCACUUUCUAACAAGGGAAGAUCAGACAAGGUGACCAGGAUAGGAAGCCAUGCAAGACUGUUGUAUUGGUUUUUGUGCCCUUUUACCAUGUGAAAUCAUAAUGCUACUGUUGCUCUGUGUUGAAUGAAACACACUGUUAAAAUUAUUUAAGUUAAUGUUUGUAUUUAUUUUGGGCUUGCUAUAGAUAAAGUAUUGCUAACUGCUGUAAGAAAAACAAAAUAAAAAAAAUCCAUAUUUGAUUUUUUUAUUGAA